AUGGGAGUGGUUUCCUCAGCAGCCGUGGGUAUCAACAGCGCAGGGUUUCAAUUCUUUUCAGUUUUCUUUAAAAAACUCUUCUGUUCGGGGAAAACUAUUUCUCCAAAAUCGGCAACUGCCACCCUCUGGAAAUUGCAUGUUUCAGUUGCUAUUCUUUUCCGGGUGUUCAGUGGUUACUUUAGCCUUGCUUUGGCUGUUAAUUGGAUAUCAACUCGUUUCGUUCGUCGUCUGGUUACAUCAAUGGAGCCCAUGGAUAUUGAUCAGGUGGUUGCCUUUGAUGACGCAGAUGUUGAACUCGGUCCAGUUCAAGCUCAACCGACCCUUGUCAUUCGGCUCUUCUCUCUUCAUCCUCUGUCUCGUGUUGCUCUGGAGCGCAUUGCCAAUGGUAGCUGGGGGACAGCAGAACAUCCCAUUAUCGUUCUUGAGGCUGAUAGAGGGCUUUGGCGAUUCAUUGUCUCGGAUUUUUGUGUUCGUGAGAGAAUGGUUCGUCGUUCUCCCUGGACUGUUACGGAGUUUCUUCUGCGUAUCAAUCCGUGGAGUCCGAUUGUUGAUCAAUUGUUCCACGACAUGGCUCGUGUGCCAUUCCAGGCUUAUAUGUCUGCCAUUCCUCCCCAUCUUUGUACCUUGCAUCUAGGGAGACGUUUUGCUGAUCACUUAGAUGGUGGGGUUGAUAGGCGGGAGAUCGGUUGA